AUGGCUGCAACCACCUCCACGAAUUGCUCUAGCUUCUUCAAUUUUCGUUCAAAUUCUGUUGAGCCAAGGGUCCGGGCCCCAUCCAGCCAUGGCUCAUCACCCGGGUGUGGAAAGCUUGAUGGGGUUGCUAUGUGGUUCAUCAAUGGUGUAGCAAGUGCAUUUUUUGCAUCCUUAGAAAGAUGUUCUUGCAUCCGUAUAGCCACUGAAGAUGAUGGUGAUGAAGCUAAUGAUGCACCCUUGAUUCUAAACGAUGGAAACAUGAGGCAUCUUGAAGGUGGCACUAUUAGCCGGAGAAGGACAGGGAAAGGCAAGAGGAGUACUGGAGCAUUUGAGGAGGACUGA